GACAUAAGGUCAGUCCGUAGGUCAUGUACCGAGAUUACGGCCUGGCGCAAACUCCGUUUAUUGAUAAGUUAGAGACUCUUAAUCAAGCAACAAUUCCAGAAAUACCUGUGUACAAACCUACGGUUGCAGAAUUUGAAGACUUCAGCAAAUGUAUUUCCAUGAUAGAGUCCCUCGGUGCUCAUCAUGUAGGGCUUUGCAAAGUAAUACCACCUUCAAAUUGGGUUGGGCGUCGCAAAGGUUAUGAUAAUAUUGAUGAAUGUUUGGUAGAAAAACCUAUAUGUCAAAGCACAUAUGGUGGACGUGGUAUAUAUUUUCAGGAUAUUUCACCCAGAAAAAGUCUCAAAUUCAGUGACUUUAAAAAUAUUGCUUUAUCAAGUAUAUAUUGCACCCCUAAGUACAGGGAUUACGAUCACCUUGAAAGAAAAUACUGGUCGUCGAUAGGCACAAGUCAUCCACUGUAUGGGGCUAAUGUCAGUGGAACUUUGAUGGAUAUUGACCAGCAUAUUUGGAACAUUGCAAAACUCGACUCAGUACUAAGUCGGGUUUUCGAAGAAGAGGGUGUACAAAUACCAGGUGUGAAUACUCCAUAUUUGUAUUAUGGAAUGUGGCGAUCUACGUUUCCGUGGCAUGUUGAAGAUGUAGAUUUAUACUCUAUAAACUACCUGCAUUACGGUCUUCCAAAGUGCUGGUACGUCAUACCUCCAGCUUUUGCGCGUAAAUUUGAAUCUUUUGUUUCCGAAUAUUUUAGGUCGGAAUUCUUGAAAUGUCAUUGUUUCUUAAGGCAUAAAUGCGUUUUAAUUAGUCCUACAGUUCUUUCCCAAUCUGGAAUCCCAACUAAGAAAAUUUUACAACACGAAGGUGAAUUUAUGAUAACUUUUCCUUAUGCUUAUCAUUCCGGCUUCAAUAUGGGUUUAAACAUUGCUGAAUCAACAAAUUUUGCACUUACUAGGUGGAUAGAGUACGGAAAACAUGCGAAAAUAUGCACCUGUUGGGAUGACACAGUUAAAAUAUGUAUGGAUCCUUUUGUGCGAAGAUUUCAGCCCGAGUUAUUUAAUGAUUGGAAAAAUGGAAAAAACCUACCACCACAUCCUCUCGAUGAAUAUCUGCCAAAGGAAACAAGUCAUCAUGUUGAGAGCACACUCACAUAUCCAGACAGUGCCAAGGAUAUAUUGGGUAUCGAGAACAAUGAGGUUAUGGCCAAAGACCCUUCUCUUUUUAAACCUUACUCUUCUGAUUCACCGCCUCCCAAAGUUGGCGAUCUGAACUCUAUUGAUCUGCGGUAUUCCUCAAAACAGUUCGAAACGGCCAAAAUUCCUUUUCAUAUCGCUACUAACCCUCUCUUGUACCCUCUGUGGUGUGGAAAUCCAGCUAAUGAACAGAUUGAACGAAAUUUCAACAUUUUCAUUGGAAGUCAUAAACCAUAUUGUGCUGUUUGCUCAUUUUUGUGGACUCCUCAGCAUGUUUCUAAGCUUUUAUCUAGUGGACAUCGAGAAGACAAACUACCUUUAUACUCAGAACCACACAUUCCCGAAGUUGCAUAUCGCAGCUAUAAUUCUUCUGUACAGUUUCCUCCGACAGUUAAAAGUCGUAUACUCAGGUGUUUUCGUUGUUGCUUAACUGUACAUGCUAGAUGUUAUGGUGUUCAAGAUGAACUUGGAUUUAAAUAUGAGUCUUCAUUAGAACAAAAACAUAAUCUGAACUUUAAAAGAUCCUGGUAUUGCGAUGCUUGUAUGGCGAGUUCAAAACCCACGUGUGUAUUCUGUUAUAUGCGCGGAGGAGCUAUUAAAGCACUAGCCAACAUAAAUAAUGCAUUUACUGGACGACCUUACUGGGCACAUUUAGUUUGUGCACUAAUUACUCCAGGUUGCUAUUUUGAAGAUGUGCCUAAACGAUUGGCAUUUAUUUCUGAAGACACGAUCAAAUCAGCUAUGUCUUCAGCCAUAUUAUAUUCCAGCGAAAGUAAUAAACGUGUGAUUAAUGAAAUGCAAAAUAUCAAUUCGCCUAGUUGCUUCUCUGAGACUGUUCCCUUCAAAUCUUCAAGUUAUUUACAGAAGAAUUUGAAAUUAGUGCGUAAGAGACCACCUAAUAUUGAUAACAAAAUUUUACGAGAAUAUUAUGAAUCACCUGAUCAGAGAAGUAAAAUACGUCGAUUAAACAAAUCGAAUAAUCGUUUUUCACGAAAGCUACUCAACACUACUUCCACAGUUUCAAUUGAUUUUAAUUUUAAAAAAAUAAGACCAUUUAUUCAGAAUAAUAACAAUGGGAUUUCUAGUGUUCAUCAUUCUGACAAUACUAACAUACCAGUUGAAACUGGAGACAAAAUUGCAUCAUCUCUUCCUUCAAUAUGUUUUGUGUGUCAAUUACCUGGGAGAGGAUUUCUUCCAUUGGCUUCUUGCUGGCAUAAUGGUUGUUCUACACAGUUUCAUGUUACUUGUGCUCAAAUGGCUGGUAUUGUUAUUGGAACUGAUGUAUAUCCUCGUUUCUUUUAUAUCGCAUGCAGUAAACAUCCUACUAACUACGAUCACCCAAAUUUUCACGAUCACGGUUCCGUUUCCCCAGGAGAUGAAGUAAUGGUACAAGAAACCAAUGAUCCUAUAUUUUCAUCCGCUAUUGCUAUCCGACGAGUAACUCCUCUGUACUGCCGUAUUUCGUUUCCCGAUGGAACCUUCUCAUCAGAUACACCACCAGAGUAUUUGACAAAUGUUAAUUGGUUCAAAGAUGGACCUCCAGAAAAAGGAUCACUUAUUAAAGUUUUAUGGGAUGAUGGGAUGGAAUAUGCGGGAACGUAUGAAGGUACUACUUCUGAACAGUGGGAACAUCCCACUUCCGAUUGUUGCUGUAUACUACCAAAAUAUGUCAAAAUACGUAGCGUACACCACACUCAUCCCGCUUUCAAAAGAAGGUCACUUGCGGUCAAUCUGCUCGACGUGCCGCUUUCUAGGUUGUCGCAGUCUGUGCCACGCCAUUCGUCGGAAUGUCGCAUUGACCUUUUGGGCCAUCUAAAUCCGAUGUCAUCUCAGCACCAAAAACGUUUCGCAUCUAGUGAAAUAAGGAGAAAAGGAAGGAAACUGAUGAGAAAUCGGAAUAACAACGGAAUUGAAAGAAUAAAGAAGUUCAACUGGAAUCUGGAGAGAUUAGAGUAUUUAAUCGUGAACAGUUUUAUGUACAACCAAAAACUAAAUAUUCAGAUAAUUUGGCUUUUGAUGGUUCGUCUACUGAUUAUCCAUGGGGAAUAACAGAUCUUGAAGAUUCAGUCGCUCCCUCGAAUUCAUAACAUGACUUUUACAGUACAUAUAUAUUAACCAUGUUUUGCAUUUUACUGAUUGUACAUAGUGUUUUUAAUAGGAUUUAUUUUUUUAGAGUUGGCGAACUUUUAUAUCAACAUAAAUUCUUAUAUUUCUUGACUAAUUAAUUUUGACUCCGGUUACUUGGUGGCGACAUUUGAACCUAAAAAUGAUGAAUAUAUUUCACACUACUAACUCGUGCGUCUAUUUGCUCAUUAUUCAUAAAUCACUUAACAUUUUCAACAGUGCGAACUGAAUACCUAGCUAAUGAUGUAAAAGCCUUGUGAAACGUAUUUGUUGUUUGUGUGCAUAAUAUUGGCCAGUUUAACUGCCGACUGGUACCGAUCAACACAUAGUAGCUGCACGAUCCUUGAAGCUAAACAUGAAGAUUAGCCUUUGGACAACUGUGAAAAGUCAGAAUAUAUAACCAAAAAGACACUUAAUCGAAAUAUCGUUGCUCGGCCAUGUGGACUUGAUCAUUCUGCGUGACCUCAACCUUUUUGAAUCAAAUAUAUUAUUCUACUCCCC